UCCCCCGAGCGAGCGAAAAGGCAGUCAUGCGGGUGGAAGCAGGAGUGGGCAUCCGCCGCUGCGCUGCACGAAGAAGAAAGUUCGAGGAAAGAUGCACGAAGAGGAGGAUGGCAGCGAAGCAAACCACUGCGCAGUUUCGCGGACCAUGCUGCCCACCAAGUCCGUGGAUGUGGCCGAGCUGGAGGGGGCGAAGGAGCAGGCCUCCAAGCUGUGCGGCUACUUAAACAAACUGUCCGGCAAGGGGCCUUUGAGGGGGUUCAAGCCGCGCUGGUUCGUGUACGACCCGAGGAAAUGUUAUUUGUAUUACUUCAAGACUCCCCAGGAUGCCUUGCCACUCGGACACAUCGACAUAGGCGAUGCGUGCUUCGCCUACGACGUGGAGGGGGAAGAGGGUCAGUUUGAGAUCCGCACAGCCGGGAAAGAGUUUCUCCUGAAGGCCCCCAGCAGACAGGUGAUGCAUUACUGGCUCCAGCAGUUGCAGCAGAAACGUUGGGAGUACAGUAGCACACGAGGCACCGGUAACAGAGACAGCUGGAGCUCCCCGACGUUGGCCCACCCUCCCACCGGCCUAGUCGGCUUAGAUAAUGAUGUCGUCUUCGAGAAGCUGAGUGAAAGCAUGGAGAAGGUGCGCAAUGACUUUGCCAUAGAGACGGACAGUGACGGCGGGUCGAUGGUGGGGAUCCACUCAGCCAGAGGGCCCGGUGCUGCGUCCAUGAGCACCUUCUCCCUUAAAAACUUUGGUACAGAACUCAGGAACUCCAUGUCCUAUCUGCGUUCGGGCAAAGCAAGCGAGCACAGACGCAGCGUGUUUUACACCAGCAACAGCAACUCAGAUGAGUGGGAGAUGGUGGACGCUCCGCCCAAGGACUUCCCCGAACAGAAACAUCAUCAAGAAGCACACAGAUCGUUUAGCUUCGAUUUUGUGCGCAACACCUCGCGUCCUAAGAAACCUUUGCUUCGAGACAUGAUGGGCUCCGGGAGGCCGGGCCGCGGCGCUGAGACCCGCGCUGCCGAGAACCCGGAGGCGGAGUGUAACGGCAGCAAACCCACGGAGCUGCAGCUUCGCCUCCAGAGCCAGCAAGAAGAACUGAGUCAGAUGCAGCAGGAACAGGGCAAACUCAGAGAGGAGCUGGCCAGUCAGAAGGAGCUCGUGAGGCUUCUGCAGCAGACUCUCAGGACCUCCCAGUGCGACAGGCCGACGGCGUGCCGUCCAGCCCAGGCUCCAGAUUCAUCCGCAGCCUCCGAACAGACCCAGGCCUCUGCAGUAACCCAGGAAGAAGUGGCCCGGUUGGAGGCCCUGCUUCAGGACAGAGAGGGACAGGUUCAGUCCUUGUGCGGCCACAUGGAGCGCCUCGCGCUGGAGAAGGAGAGCCUGCAGCAAGAGCUGAAGGGCCUGAAAAUCAAGGUGGGGGAGAUUAAUGACCAGCUGGGAAUGCUGAUGGAGACCAUCCAGGCCAAGGAUGAAGUCAUCAUUAAGCUGUCGCAGGAGAGCGCCGAGUUGAAUCUAAGCACAAGUGAAAGUAGUUCGCCACCAGCCCACAAAGAGCAGCAGGAGCUGAACUACCUCAAGGACAGUCUUCAAGGCUACAAAUCCCAGAAUAAGUUCCUGAACAAAGAGAUCCUGGAGCUGACAGUACUGCGCAGGAAUGCAGAGAGUAGAGAAAAGGCUUUAGAAGCAAAGUACACGGCCCUGGAGGCCAAGCUGUGUCAGGUGGAGAGCAAGUAUCUGGUGCUGCUUCAGGAGGUGAAGAUGCCAGUGUGUUCGUCUUCGGAGCAGAGCCCCACCACGGACGUCAUUUCCAGAUUAUUGGAGGACGCGCUGCAGGUGGAGACCUCGGACCAGCACGAUCACCCGAUUUUCAAGCCGAACACGGUCAGCGAGUAUGACGUGUUUGGCUUCAAGACGGUGCCCGAGGAGGAGGAAGAGGAGGAAAAGCUGGUCGCCAAGGUGAGAGCCCUGGAGCUGAAGUCCCUGUCCAUGACGAACCAGGAGGUGUCCGUCGGGGUCAAGUGGGAGAACUACCUGGCCAGCACCAUGAACAGAGACCUGGCGCGAUCCCCCGAGCUCAAGUCCCUGAUUCGCUGCGGCGUCCCCCACGAGCACCGGUCCCACGUGUGGCGCUGGUGCGUGUCCUUCCACGUCAAGAAGUUCCGCGACCACUUGCCGCCAGACUAUUACGAGACCUUGCUGAAUGUGGCGCGGGAGAAGCCCAACCCGGCGUCGAAGCAGAUCGAGCUGGACUUGCUGCGCACUUUGCCCAACAACAAGCACUACGCCUCGCCUAGUGCAGGUGGCAUCCAGAAACUCAGGAACGUCCUGCUGGCCUUCUCCUGGAGGAACCCAGACAUCGGCUACUGUCAGGGACUAAACAGGCUGGCAGCAAUCGCCUUGCUCUAUUUAGACCAAGAGGACGCCUUUUGGAGCCUUAUAGCCAUCGUGGAGGUUUUCAUGCCAAGAGACUAUUACACCAAGACUCUGCUUGGCUCCCAGGUUGACCAGCGCGUGUUCAAGGACCUGAUGAACGAGAAGCUGCCGCGGCUUCAUGCCCACUUUGAGCAGCACAAGGUGGAUUUCUCGCUCAUCACCUUCAACUGGUUCCUGGUGGUGUUUGUGGACAGCGUGGUGAGCGACAUCCUCUUCAAGAUCUGGGACGCCUUUCUGUUCGAGGGGCCGAAGAUCAUAUUUCGCUUCGCCCUCGCCCUCUUCAAGUACAAAGAAGAAGAGUUUUUGAAGUUGCAGGAUUCAACGACCAUCUUUAAAUAUCUUAGAUACUUCACACGCACGAUCCUGGAUUCAAGGAAGCUGAUGAACAUCGCUUUUGUGGAAAUGAACCCGUUCCCCAUGAGGCUGAUCCAGAACCGCCGCUCCUUCCACCUGGAGAAGGUCCGCCUCGAGCUGACGGAGCUGGAGGCCAUCAGACAGACCUUCCUCAGGGAGAGAGAGACGAGUCAGGACAGGAGGAGCUUCGUCAGCGACGACGAGGAGGAUAACUGACCUCAAGGUCCUCGCAUUUCCAGGCUGCCUGGCUCACGUCCGAAGACAAAGGGAUCAUCUCCGCAGAACAGUGACGCGUCGAUGCGAUGCGUGAAUGAAUCACUGGGAGUUGGUCUCUGCAUCAGAGCUGGAACGAUCAACUGUCGAGUGAAAUCACCCAGAGGAACCAAAACAUUACAGGCCGAGAGGGCUCUUUAUCAGUAUUCCUGCCAGUUUUUUAAAAAAAAUCACUUUGUAAACUCACUUAUUCUUGCUGUACGCUGGUGUGUUUAUACAAAAACAGUAUGCUUCAACCCGGGCCCCUCACUUCUCAGCUCAACACUCUGCAUUUCCAAAUCAGUAUUUUCAAACACACGCUUGUCAUUUUCUAAUACUUUAUUUUAUUUGCUGUAAUUUGAUUUUUUUUUUUUUUUUACUCUUAUUUAAUUCCAUUAUUUCCGUCUUCUAUUCCCUCCAGUUCUUUGCACACCUCUCUUAUUACUGUUUACCUCAGUCGUUUGUUUUUUAUUGUCCUGAUUACCACUCGACGGUACAUUUUUUUUUUGUAUUUGAUCCGGGCGUCUCUUGAUGCAUCAUCAUGAAUCACUCAUGCUGAGACUGAAACAUCGCUGAGUCUUAAGUCUUUAAGACCUUCGUAAAUAUACGCACAUCAUUCCCAGCUGUAUGUGGUCAAAGAAGAGGAAGGACGGAGGAAUCGCCGAGAAAGAUUUGUACUUCUUCUGUAGGAAUAAGUUAAGGUGCACAAACCUGAGCCGUCAUACGAAUGCUGGGAGCCGGUAUUGUCUUUUCAAGGAACAGUCCAGUUUUAUUUCCUUUAAAAAAAAAAAAACAAAAAAAAAAACAUUAUUAAUUAAUAUUUGUUCUUAAACUCAUGUUAAACUUUACAUUUACCACUUGUCAACCAUCUGUUAUUGGCACUGACACCAAAACAUCGUAUGAAACAAACUACCUGAUUAAUCUUUUUUUCCAUUUGCCUUAAAGGGCCCUGACCGAAGAAUACCGCUCUUAAUUGUAAUAGUUUAUUUAGUUUUGUCAUGUUCUUGUCAUUUCUUUAUUGAGAUUUUACCCCCUCCUUUUAUUUUAUCACAUGUAAUGCUGAAAUUGUUGUUCUGAGCCCAAACUGAAAACAUGCUGAUGCAUUUGCGUUCAUUGUCCUCCAGGUGGCAGUAUAACAUUUCUUUAUGCAGAGUUUUCGCAGGUAGCUUCUGCACAGUGUGACCAUCCGAACAUAAAAAUGGGAAAAUCAUUUAUAACCAAUGAGGGAAGUAUUUAUGAGAUUGCUAGAUGUGCGUAGCAGAUCUUUUCUCUUUUCCACGUUGCACAGGUACUUUUUAACUCUGUAACCCUAUUAGUGACUACGCCUGUUUUACAGUUGAUUGUUAUUAACAAACCAGCCCGUAUUCAGAGCGUCACCGUAAAUUUGAUCAGUCAUUUGUAAAACUGUUAUGACUGACUGAAUGGGAUCCUCUUCUCACGUAGCCCCUUCCCUCGUGUGUUUGUGUGCUGUUUACAGCUUCACUUUGAGAUGUUUACAAAAAUUUCUUAAUGUUCAUUACAAAAUCCCCAACCCUUUUCUGUGCUGCAGUACUGUCAGCCAUAGCCAUUAUUCUUCUUGAGCCACCCGAACUCGUGAACAAAUGGCCGUAUUAAGUUGAGAGGGUGGGUGGGGUCAAAAUGUAUAAAUUUCAUCUCUUUGUCUAUGAGAGCAGGUCUCUCUAGCAGGUCAAACAUUCCUCUAGGUCAUUUUCUAAAGUUCACAUUGCUUAAGGACCCAAAGUAGAUUUCAAGGUUUACUCAAUGCGCAACCUCUCCUCUAAGGCUAGUUUGCUUGCAUUGUUCGUCUUUUUUUGUCAGAUGUUCACGUUGAAUAAGCUACAUUUAAAGGUAAUCCUUUCUUUCUUUCCUUUUCUUCUCUCUUUCUUCUGCUUUCCCCAGCAGCGUGUUGCACAACAUUAUUUAGGUCACUUCACUUUCGUCUACGUAAAUCAGUCUUAUUCUUUUUUUUGUUGUUAUUGUUGUUAUUCUAUAUCGUUUAAUAAUGAAAAUACAAUGCUGAUAUGUUGUAUGCCGAAUCACACAUACAUGUACGCCACCGUGUGUUUUUGUUAAAGCAAAGGAAGUUCAAUAAACCGUGGCUGACUGAA